ACUAUCGUGAGGUUGGCAGCCCUGGUCACGUCAUUAUGGCUUAUCACCUGUUUGUUCUCGGAGCGAUGUGAAAGUCCGUUCACCUGUUCACCACCUUCCCCUGUUCACCAUGGGCGUCGGCCGGCCGGGAGCGGGCAUCACGAGCCCCGUGAAAAUCGUGGCGAAUAUCUUCAUCUCUUUUAUUGGUGCUGGGAUGCUGGGCCUGCCCUUUGCGUUCAAGGAGGCAGGUAUUAUGGAAGGAGCCUUGAUUAUGGCUGUUGUUGGGUACCUGAGUGUAGCAGCCAUGUUGAUGCUUAUCGACUGCAAAUACGCCAUAUUGUCCUCAGGAGGCAGAGCAGGUGGCAGAUCUAUUAUUAUGGAGAAAAAGGUGCCGCUGUUACCUCCAGACUCCUCAGAUGAUGAGGAUGAGGAUGAGCGCCACCCACCCACGCCCUCCACAGACCUCACCUAUGGUGAUGUUGGGCUCUAUGCAUUGGGUCCCGGUGGCAAGCGUCUCGUUGACAUUGCUAUUGUAGUUUCACAGAUAGGGUUCUGCUGUGGGUACCUGAUCUAUCUGUGUAAGAACCUCAACCUUUACAUUCCAAGAAUCAGCCAAAAAGUAUGGCUGAUACUCCUUUUGCCUCCUCUCUACCUCCUCACCCUCCUGAGGCACCUCAACAAAUUAGCCGUCUUCAGCUUGUUUGCCCAGAUCUCCAACGUACUUGCACUAGCUGUUGUGUUCUGGUUUGACUUCUCGCACUCAGAGGAGGUGCCUUUCCAGCCCAAUGAGUUCUCUAUAAAGGGCUUCCCAUUCUUCUUCGCAGUGGCAAUCUAUUGCUAUGAGGGUGCAGGCAUGAUUUUUUCUUUAGAAGAAUCUGUUGCAGAGAAGAAGCGAGACAAGUUUCGCUCUAUAUUUGUGUGUACAAUGACAGGACUCACUACACUGUACAUAUGUUUUGGUGUGUCGGGAUAUGCAUCCUUUGGUCCACAUACAAUGGACAUCAUUACCUUGAACCUGCCUCAUAGUAGCGGGUCAGUGGACUUUGCAGCAAUGGUGAAGAUUUGCCUUGGAAUUUCGCUCUUCUUCACAUACCCAAUGAUGAUGUUCCCUGUGACGCAUCUCCUUGAUAAGACAUUUGGACUGCAAAAUGCACCUCAUAAGGGGAACAUGUUACGAAUGGUGCUGGUGGGUUUGACGGGUUUAGUUGUGAGUGCAGUUCCAAACUUUGGCAUCUUGAUUAGCCUUAUUGGUGCCACAUGCUGCACUCUCUUGGCAUUCAUCCUUCCUGCUGCCUUCCAUCUCUCCAUUUUCCGCCAGAGACUUACGAAGCGACAGUGGUACUUCGACAUGUUCUUGGUUGUCCUGGGUAUUAUAGGCUCUGUUGUGGGUCUCUGGGACGCCUUCAACAGGAUGAGUGAAGGUCAUGACCCACUGCUGGAGGUUAAUGAGUUUUCACAGUCAACGGGGAGGAACAAUAGCCUCCACAGCCACGUCAAGGUAACUCUUGCACCAGCCAGCAACAUAAGUCUGCUUUCAACUUCGGUUCUGAAAAACAUAAGUGAAGCAGAGGCCACUUAUGGUAAAUUGAAUACCACCAAAGACGUGACUCAGAUGUCUGUCAAAGAUGGUAGGAUAAAAGUAGGAAAAAAUAUGACCACAGUUAGGCCAGUAGAAGAGUUGAAUGUGAGCUCACCCAGUUCACCAAGUGCUGUGCCAGGAAUGGUGACAAAAGCAGUAGUGGCUGACAAAAAUCAUAAUAGUGGUAAACUAAAUCAGAUGGGUUCAGAUGCCAAGGUUCUGUUGAAAACAGUAGAUCAGCAAGGAACAAAUAAAUCAGACUCUGCCAGCAAAGAUGAAACAAACAGUUCAAUGCCUUCAAUUGUGCCUACAGAGGUAAACAACAAAAAUAUAGAUAGUACAAUAUCAGCUGAGAGAGUUGAAGGAGAUACAUCAGCUUCUGAGAAAGUCCAGCCAGUCCAGGAAUCUGCAAAAGAAACAGUCACAAAGAGUAAGAAGACCUGAAAACAUGUGGAUUUUACAUUCUUUUGUACAUAUGAAAUGACACAAACUUUGUGAUUUUGGCUGCCUGAGGAAAUAGUCUGUAACAGCACACUUAUGCUUUUUUAGAACUUAUAGUUGUUGCAUGUUUCAUGCAUAAAAAUAGACUAUGUAACAUAAACCUUUUAAAUUUGUGCAAUUUUUUGUGAUAUUCACAAAAUUUAGGAUUUUCAUAAAUUUUCUAGUCUUCCUGUCAGCUGAUUGGUAAACAUCUUGAUGCUCAGUGACAUUGCAGUAAAACAAUAAAUGUAGCUAUCUUUAUUUUUAGAAUUUACUUUAUUUUUUUAUGUUAUUUUGUAUGCUUGUGUGUUGUUGGUGGUGGAAUAGUCAUGUUUAUUUAUUACUGGUAUACAAUUCUUAUCCACUUCUACGUGUCAUGUUCUGACACAAGGUGCUAAAUUGGGAAUUAAAGCAUUCCAUUUUUCCCAAAUUGAUGUGAAAAAGUUACUUUGUUUAAAAGAUUAAUAAGUAAUAUGGAAAAGUGAAAGUUCCUGUUUAACCCUCUUUUUAAACCUCAAAACAUUGUCAGUCAUAUAUAGCUCAUUUUUAUUCCCUACCUUAUAUCAAUUCAUGGCAUUGUAUUUUGUCUUUAUAUUUAAAAAACAUAUAUUACUAGUUAGUGAAUGUAAAAUGAACAAUUCAGAAGUAGAAAAACAAGUAUGGUGCUUAUAAAACCAAGAAAGUCUUGAGAGGGAAAAAAGUUUUGAAAGAAAAGAAAGUGAUCCAUUUUACCAAGUAGGUUAUUCUCUUUACCAUCGGCACAAUAAUGUGUCUUCAAACUUCUCUUGUCUGUCAGCAUCUUCAUGGAGGAAUGUAGCUCAAAAUUCCGUAAUAUGAGGGAAUGUGGGAAAAGAAAGACAACUGACUAACAGAACUUGGUAAGUGAUUUUAUAUGAAUAGAGAUUUAUUUACACUUUUUUUUCUUUCUUUUUUUCUUACACUUUUGUGAGUGAUUUAAAGAAUUGUGUAUGGCAAAAUUUGGAAUUCACUAUACCCAUUAUCCUUUGACGUCAGUGAAGUUUAUAAACAAUGAAUCAGGCUUGAAUAAGAAUAAAUAAAUAGAUAAAUAAAAGAUUUGAAAAUGUAGAGUAAGAUGAGUCAAGGGAGCAAUGGAUUUUUUGUUUUAUUGUCAUUUGUGCUCAUUUCAUCCUUCGGUGAUGGGGCCUGAUAUAUUUGUGAUGUAAUAUUAUGCAACAGUUUAGACUUUGUGGCUAGGCCUAAGCUGUGUACGCGUUUACACAUCAUAGGUUGUUACAUUAUGAUGGCUGUAGUUUUCACUGUCACUGAGGGGUUAAUUUUCAGUCAACUUUCGAGUGCAUAUUGUAAUUAAUUAUUUAUUAUUUUUUUUGACAAGUUGUUUGCUUGGAUUGAAUUAGCUAUUCACACAUUCUUUUCAUUGAUUCACCUCAUUUGAAAGUGGUUGAUUGGUUGUGCACUUAAUUGUUUAAUUUCUUUUUCUUUGAGAUGUGGGUAGUUAUUUUUGGUUUCUCCUUUCCAAGUCUUACUUAGUAAUGUUGAUGGAAUUUAUUUGUGUGAUACAACUGUUAAUUGAUUUUGCUGGAGUGUUUGCAUGGAUUUUUGCCUGCUUGAUGGGAAAACACCAUGUUUUGACUUUGAGCAAGCUUUAAGACUGAAUGAACUUGAUAGACAGAAGUUUGUAUCCUCCUCCAAAAAGAAGCAUUACUCGUAGAGGAAAUUAAAUGUGAUACAAGUUUAUUAUAAUCAUGCCUCAUUUCAUCUUUUGUGAUUGUGUGUUCCUUGUAUGUAAAAACACUGAUGCAGGUCAUAUAUUUUAGUUUAUCAUAAAAAUGUUUUUAUUUUUUUUAUUAUUUAUUUAUUUAUUAUUAUUAUUCUUUUAUUUUAUUAUUAUUAUUUUUUUGCCAUUUUAAAGAAUGUUAAAUUAUAGCAAUAAACUUCUAAUUGUGUGUUUUGGUUGUCAAGUGUACAAUUAGAGAGGGAAUAUUUUACACUUAUGUACAGUUUAUUUUUAUGGUUGAGUAGAAAUGUGAAUUUCUGUGUUCAAUAACAAUAAUAUUUGUUUGAAAUGGCAGUACCUGUUGUGUAUAUCUGUUUAGAUUUUGUUUUAUCAUGUACUUCUGCUCAAAAGCACCUAAUAGUUCUGUAAUCAUUUAAAUACCUUUGUGUUCAAGACAUGACUUGGUUGUAAACUGGUUAUUAUUAUAUGUAAGCACUUAAUAAUUAUGACUGUACAAAUGUAUUUGGAGAAAUAUCUGUUUUGUAUAUUAUUGUAUAUUAUUUAGUGUUCUUUAAUUCCUAACUGAGUGUUUGAUAAGCUUUUUUCUUCAUUGGGUGAGUUUAUCAAACACCCGAGUAAAGGACAGGGUAUAUUAAUGGGUGUGGAUGUUGGGGAAGGGGGAGAGUGGGGUUCAUGGGACUACUGUACUUACAGGGAAGUAUUUAAAUGGUUUUAUAUUGGAAGUAUCAUUCCUGCGAACAAUUAUCCUACUUGUGUCAUCCAGUGUGAGGCUCAUGACUUUACAUAUUCCCAUGCUGUCAGUAGGUGUGAUUGCGUAUGACGUUUUGAUUGACCCCAUACCCCGCCCCCAAGGCAUAAGAGGAGAAGAAAAAAAGCAGUUAUGAAAUUGAUUUAUAUAUUUUUAUAUGGUGUAAAUAUACAGUUAACUUGAGGCAGUCCCAAACCUUGUUACUUAUGAAGCUUUGAAAUUGCUAGGUGAAUGUGUUGUUUUCUAAGCAUAGCUUGUUUUAUUGAUGGAAUCUAUUUUUAUGACAUUCUUUACUCAUCAGUGGAUAUUGCCACUGUCAUAUAUCUUUCAAAUUGAAAGUUGCAGAAAUAAUGUAGAAAAAACAAUCAUCUAAGGAUGCAUGAACACCUAUGUAUGCUAUGCCUAAUGUCAUAUUAGUUUUUUUCAUAAACUUUUAAAAAUCAAGCACUGGAAAUGUUAAAAAAAUUAACAUUGUCAUUCCACUUAUGAUGCACUGGAAGUAAAGUUUAGCCAAUGUUUUCCAAACAUGUUUGUAGAAUUAUGAUGUGAAUAAUUAAACCUUAAAGAUCUUAAUGUCUUUGUGGAUGAAGUCUGCAAAUCAUGUAAUAGGGGCAAGGUGAUAGAUUGUUCUUGUUCCAUUCCGAUGUUUGAGGAUUCCAAAGGCAAAGUACACUUUAUCGUAACUCCUACAGAGGAAAUAGAAAGAAGAGAAAAACUGUUAAGUUGAGCUUACAGGUGUAACUUAUGUCUCAUGAUUGAUAAUCCUUUGGAAAUCCUAUUUAAAUAUAUCACUUUUCAGUGAAAAUUUUGGUUAUAUAAUUGUUGAAACUGAGUAAUGUUAACUGUAGAUGUUACUUUUUUUUAAAUCUAGAAGAUUUAGAUGUAUUCUUACUACCUAUUGUUUAAUAGCUCAAAUAGCUGAGAAGUCCUAGCUUGACAUAGCCAAGUGAGACCAGGAAAUUAAAGGUAGGGGAAUUAUUUCCAUACUUGUAUUUAUGUAAACAUCUUCUGUAUUUUUAAUAGCUACAUUGUAAAGUGUUCAAGAGAUUGCAAAUUGUUGAGGUAUACUUCUAGAAAAUUAAUGUAUUUU